AUGUGUGUAGACAAGGCCUAUGACUUGAGGGGUAUUAACAGGCCACUUUGCCUUGAAUGGUCUCUUGAAAUAUUUGACCGGGAAAGACCAAUGAGAGGUCGUGGGGGAGGAAGAGGUGGAAAGCGAAGCCAAGGAAGAUGUGGUGGGAUGAACAGAAGUCUUAAUGGCUAUGACCAAAGAGGGAAAUGGGAAUUUGAAAGACAGAGUGGGAGUGAUAAAACUGAGAUGGAACAGACUGCUCCUGUGGAAGAGACUGCAGAAACAGAGGAUCACCAAGGGGCACCUGAAGGAGAACCUCUGACCAAGGUUGCUGAAGGGGAGCCUGUGGAAGAAGUAGCUCAAGAAAUGACUUUAGAUAAGUGGAAAAAUCUGCAGCAACAUAGUCAACCAAAGCCUGAAUUCAACAUCCGGAAGCCAGAAUCCACUGUUCCUUCCAAAGCAGUGGUGAUUCACAAGUCAAAGUAUAGAGACGAUAUGUUAAAGGAGGAUUUUGAGGAUGACUCCCACAUCUUCCGAAAAGCAGCUAACAAUAUAACUUCUCAGCUGGACAUUAGCUUUGGGAAUCUUCCUCGUCCUGGGCGUGGAGCCAGAGGAACACGAGGAGGUCGUGGACGUGUCAAAAGAGUCGAAGAUACUGGGCCUAGACCAGAAGUGGUGACACAAAUCGUUGCUCCAAAUCCUGAUGACCCUGAGGAUUUUCCUGCUUUAGCUUGAAAGUACUGUCCUGAAUGACAGCACCUCAAAGUAGCUGAAGAGACCAGUUUUAUGUUGCUGUGGAAAAGGAUCAUCUGAGUCUGAAGGAAAAAUGGAUUUUUUUUUUCUUGUGUGAAAUGAUUGCACUUCUAUGGUAUUGAGGGAAGGGGGCUCUGGAGAGAUCAAUGGACUGGGAUCUUGCUACGGAUUCCAGCACCUCCUUUUGGGAUAACUGUGU